AUGACGACAGGCGCAGACAACAUCAGAGGCCUCACGGGUAAGGGCGUGCCGCCGACGCCGUCCUUAUUCGCCAUCGCCCGCGUCGCCACCCUGGUGCUCUCGCUCGCUGUCCUCGCCGCCAGCGCCUUCUGCCUGUCCCUGCUGGGCAUCUACUCAGGCAGCUUCACCGGGCCGCCGGGCUUCAUGCUCUUCGUCGCCCUCUUCACCAUCGUCGUCCUGGGCGGCGCCAUCGCCAUAGAGCGCUUCGCGGCGCACCUUUACUUCCGCAUCGUGAUGCUCGUCGGCUACGGCCUCACCUGCCUCUUCUGGCUGGCUGGCUGGGCAUGGUCCGCGAGCAUCGCGAAGCUGUUUCUCGGCGACACGUGCAUCGGGAGGACCUGCUUCGGGCCCACCACCGAGGAGAUGCGGUACGGCGGGAGCAUGGCUGGCGCCGCGGCCGUCGGUGCCAUCAACUGGCUUUUGAUGGGCAUUGUGGUGUUUUACUUCAUCAAGGGGUGCGUCGCGGACCCCGACUGCUACGGCGUCGCGACGGGCCACGAGUCCGAGAUGGGCAGCAUCAAGGCCGAGCGCAAGUCGCGCUCAUAG